AUGAGAAAUAAACAAUUUUUGAAGGAAUUGCCAGUUCUACUUAGUUGCUUAGCAGCUUCGGCGAUAGCAGCAGAGGAACAAAAGAAAAAGGAUGAUCGUGGCAAAAGAAACUUAGAACAGCAAGUGUCGCACCCCUACGCAGGACCACCCUCUUACCGACUAGAGAGGAGGAUAUCUUUGGGGCACCAUCCACUGUACCCUCCACCACAGUUCUUUCCAGGCCCUCCCCGCCCUCACUCGCCGUAUCGUAAAGGUAGACCACAUUCUUAUCCUGUUCCUCCUUACGCAGUUCAAAUGGAACCUCUUGUCCAUUAUUCACAGAGAGAUCCUUUGUAUGAUAAUAACAUUUUCUCCCUGAACACAGAUCCACACAACGACCUGGCCGGAGAUGACCUACUAACAGAAAACAACCAUAUCCGCGAACACGUACACGGUGGCCACCAUAGUUAUGGACCACAUAAACCUCACAUCAUUGAGAGACCCGUGUACAUCAAAGAACCUGAACCCAUCAUCGAAAUCAUCAUCAAAGAAUCUAAUGUCAGCUUGCCGACUCCACCUCCUCCACCACCACCAAAGAAGAAAAAAGAACAAGUUCAAGUAUUCUACGUGAAGUACAAGAAAAAUCCUCAUGGCAUUGGAAAAGACAGCGUUAUUUAUGAUAAACCUAUUCCAGCUAUUUCUCCUCAACUUCCGGAAGAAGAAGAACAAGAGGAAGAGGAGGCUCCCUACAGCUACCAACAUGAAACUGCUACUGCACUUCCUCGUCCUACUACAACUUUGAGAACUAUUAUAAAGCCAGAUUCCGAAAUCUACCACAGCCCUAGUGGUGUGAAAGUUACUUUUGGUAAAGAAGGUUUCGAUUACAGCAAAAGAUCAAGUAAAGCACAAGACUAUAAUCCAUCUGAACCAGCUCCACAGUUCCCCCAGGGAAGACAACUUUCUUCAUUUUCAAAUACUUACUUCAAAAGACCAUAUACUAACCAAAAUGCCCAAGCCCCUCCUCCCCCAGGUUUCAGGGCGCCGCAGCCUUACAGACCUUUUGUUUUCCCUCCACAAUCCCCACCAAACUACAAACCCGGAGGGCGACAAUCUCCCCCUCAGUUCCCCCCUCAACAGAAAUUUCCAUUUGCACCUCCACCAUUUACAAAGCCUAUAAGUCAACAAUAUUCUAGCGCUCCAACCAGACAUUCAGCACCACCUUCUCCUCAAUUUUCACACACCAUUUCACACCCUGCCCCUCCAAGUUUCCAAAACCCUAGACCGCCACUACCACAACAACGGCAACCUGUACCCUACAAACCCUUCGACUAUAUAAGACCGCAACAAACCUUCACCCAACCGUCACCCCAACCCAAUCUACCCCCUAGCCAGCCUCCUUCUCACAUCAAUCCUAAUUCACAGCAACCACAAAUUCAAUUCAGACCAGAAACUCAUUUCCCCAUACAUCAACAACUGCCAUUGCCCGAACAGUCUCAUAUCUUCAACCCCAGAUUUAGCCAACAGGAACAACUGCCCCCAUCUAGGCUCCAACACCAGCAGGUUCAGUUGCCUCAACAACCUCCACAGCCCCAACAUCAACAAGUUCAGUUGCCUCAACAACCUCUACAAACUCAACAUCAACAAUCUCAGUUAUCUCAACAACCUCUACAAACUCAGUCACUUGAACAAACGCAUUAUCAACAUCAAAUCAACCAUAACCAAUACAAUAAUGACAAACAGCAAAAUAAUCAGCAAAAUGCGAUCCCUCAGAAUGAACAUCUGAACAAUUUGCAGACUGCCCAAAAUAUUUUACCUCCAGGAGGACAGUUAAUUCAAUCAGUUCCCAAGUAUGAGCAGCACACCUCUGAAGUGCAACCAAUAAACCGCCAAGAAAAUCUACGGGGGCUAUCUCCACAGGAUUUUCAACAAAAGAUCCUCCAGCAAUUUAAUUUCAAUAAUGGUGCAGCGGAUAGCAAACAACAAAAUUCCCAAGAAGAAGCGUUCCAACAGCAGCAAAAAUUACAGGAACAAUUCGAGCAACAAAAGAAACAACAAGAGCAGUUAAGAACUGCUCAGCAAUAUUAUCACAAUGAGCAACUGACACAGCAGAGAAAUCUGCAGAAACAAACGACACCUAGAACUAUCCACGAACAGACUAGACGUGCCCAGCUGUACGUUAGUAGCACACCAAAAAUAACUUACCAAACAACCACGACGAAACCAUCUACAACUACGCAAGAGCCCGAGAAACCUUCAACGACGACGAAAGAUCCUAAAAUACUAGAAGCUCAACUUCCCGAUGAAGUUCCAGAUGAUCUCAGAGAACAACUGCUGUCUUCUGGCAUUUUGAAUAAUGCUGACAUAUCGGUGUUGGAUUACGAUAAAAUAGGAGACAUUCCUUUGUCCGCGUUGCCACCGGAUCAGUUGGCCAACUUCUAUGGGGCUGGUGGUGCUGCCCAACUUACCGCAGGCAGUGCUCCCGUUCCAACGGUGUUAAAGACAGAUGGAUCAGAAGUUGAGGACCGGUUUGCUGAUACUGGAAUCGAAGAAGACAGAGACGCGGAAGCGUCGGAAGUUUCAGAGGUAAGAGCCGUGUACCAACCAGAAGUGGAGAUGAAGGUGGUGAAGUACGACCCUGAAACCGAUAAAGGUCAAAAAGUCCAGGAGGCGUACAUUGACAAGGAUGCUGAGCAAGUGGACCCGGUUAUUCUUAACGAUCACAGUUACAACAGGUACCUGCCUUUGAAAGUGAACGGAACUCAGUUCCCCAUACCAGACGUUCCAGAGCUUAAGGGGAAGAAAAUUUCCAGCGUUGUGGUUCUUGCUCCCGUCUCGUACGAUUUUUCUUCAAAAAGAGAAGCAAGAGAGGCCUCGCCAAAGUCUGACGAUUUAGAUCUCAUACAGGGUGAAGAGCUGAAGACCUUACUUGCUGAUCCUAACGCUGAAAAUUAUAAGAAGUUUUUGGAAAGCGAAAAUAAGACCGCUACUGAUAAGCAGGCGGUCAUACUACUGGUUACAGACCCGCAAGAAACCGCAAACAAGGAGAAAGAAAUAUACAUGUACGAUGUUGCAACUCAAACGGUCAGCAAAUUGAGUGGAGAAUUAUCUUCGGCUUUUGUGGAAGCAGCUGAAGCAAAUUCCGAAGGCUCGCCUGAAGAACCAACCGCAGCUGAAUCUAAUGUCGUAGAAACAAGGGUUCCUUUCGAAGGAAACAUUGAGAGAGCAGAUGUUGCUCCACCAGGUUCAGACUUGGAUGAAUCAGCAUCAGAUGUCAAAGAAUCAAAGAUUCCAAUCAUUGAUCCAUCGCAGGAAGAAGAUCUGGAAACAGAGGCAUCAGAGCAGUUAGGAAGUUUCGUUGAUACUUCAGGGAUUCCUGUCAAGACCGAAGAAGAUUUGAUUGCUUCAGGCAGCGAGUUGUAUUUGAAUUCAGUGGAUAACAAUGUUCUGAUUAGUUCAGGUUACAGUAGGUCUGAUCACUCAUAAAAAAUAUUGCCGUGCCACAUUUUAGAACGACCCGUGCUUGUGAUAAAAAAUUUCAAAAAAAGGUCUUUAUAUGUGUCAAACAGUUUGCUGGAAGAUAUACCAUUCUGCCAGUUAAAUAAGCUAAGUUAAAUAUACAGAAAACCAGUUGCUUACAAUGCUAAAAGAAAAUGAUAGUUUUACAAAACACGAUUUAUUAUAAAUUAUUAUCAUUACUCACUUUCAUAUGUUAUUAAAUUUGUUGUUUUGUUGUCUUUUUAUCCCUCAUAAGGUUUGACUUUUUAUGAUUUUAUUUCAUAUUAUUAUAAAUUAUUAAAAUAAUGAAACUUUUAUCACAAAUAUACCUAGGAAUAAACACACCAAUGCCGAUGUUGAAAGGAAUUAUAAUAUAGAGUCACUAGAUUGUGAUUCCUAUUUUCUUUAUGAAUAAUGUACUAUGGAAUAUUGACCAAUGAGUGAUGAUUUUACAAUUUUUUUUAUUUACAUAUAGGUAAUCAUCACUCUUUGGUUGAUUCUAAAUCAGUGGUUCAUGUUAAUAUUUGUACAUACCCGCACAAUAACAAUUUUAUGAAUUUUUUCUCUUUUUACAUAAACCACUGAUGAUCAAAAAAAAGUGUAGUUUCUAAGUUGAUGUUAUUUUAGAUAGAAUGUGAUCUGAAAUAAUUUUGUACA